AUGUCUCUUCUCAGACGAACUGCUCAUAACAUAUCACCACAUUCCAGGUCGUUUCUUCCAACCACCAGUCCAAUACGCCGCACAGUUGGCAUCUCACAUCCAGCUCUUACCAACUCAAUAACAUCCCCAUGCGCCAGCCGUAGGAACUUCUCGGUCGCCUCUACGCUUGGGGAGGCAGUCACCAUAACAGCUGAUAGUCUCAGUUGGGCUCACAGCGUAGGCGUGCCAUGGUAUGUGGCUAUUCCGUUGGUUGCCAUUGGCAUCAACACCACUAUUCGAUUCCCUCUUCAAUACUAUGUUCGUCGUAUACAAGAGGACAGAAAACUAUUGAAACCCUUAAUCUCGGCUUGGGGAAGUCGCCAUUUAAGAGAACAGCUUCAAAAAAACGACCCAGGACUAUCUUACUACGUCCGAACUGUUCGCGCUUUUGGUGCUACUCAAAAGUCAACGAGUCGUAUCUACAAGGCCUGGGGCCUUCAACGCUGGAAGGGUUUUGCACCCUUGGCCGGAAUGGUCCCCUUCGUCAUUACCUCUGAAGCGCUGCGACGUAAAUGCGGCGCCCCCUUGGGUUGGAUCAGUCACCAAAUCGGUCUAGGUAAUCCAGAUUCAACAACAGCAGGCUUAGGAGCUGCAAGCAGCAUGUUUGACGAGUCACUGGCGAAUGGAGGCUUGCUCUGGUUUACCGACUUGUCUUCAGCUGAUCCUUACUACGGUCUACCCGUCAUCUGCUCAGGCAUUCUGGUUUGGAGUAUCUGGGGCAGGAUGGACAUGGCCUCGAUCAAAAACCUGUUGGGCAUACGGCCUACGAACAGAACUAGGCGCACAGUCGUCAAUAGAUUCCAACAACUCUUGGGCAGGACCAUGCUAUUGAUGCCUGUGUUACCCCUUCUAUUUGCCGAUCUACCCAGCGCCAUCUUUCUUUACUGGGGCACCUCAUUUGCUCUCACUCGGGUCAACGAUACUCUCUUGAACAAAUUGAUUACACCGAAAACUGAAAGCCUGACAAUACCCACGCAAAGUAAAGAACUGCCGUUUUUACCACCACGCCAAAAGGGGAGGGAAACGCAAGGGAAGAAGAGCACUUGA